CUUGCGUACGCGCAGCGUUGGCGUGCGGACGUGUAUAUAAUUACGGUGGCAACGUUCCCGUACACAAGACAACAAAUAAUUAAAUGUGACGUCACCGCAACGAAAUAAGUUCUCGUGAACCCGUGUCAGUGGAGUGUAGUGUAGUGGAGAAACGCCGAGGGUACUUUCACUGGUCUGAAAGUUUUUAAACAUUCAUUCGGAGCUUCUUAUUAUAAGGAUACAAGGAAUGCGGACGUAAUAGAGAAUGCCGGUUAUGUAAUCAACAGACGCUACACCAAGAGCAAGAUGUCACCGGUUUGUCACAAUUUCGUACAAAAUGCGUGGAAAAAAGAUUUCUGUUCGAAUUGUUUCAAAUCACGCGAGGAACACGCCAAACAGGAAAAAUCUACAGAAGGUAGUAAAUAUUUAGCGACACCCUUCCAAAAUAGAGGUGCGUUCUUCAAGAAGAAUCCUCAGAGCAUCCUUAAAAUACAUCCAAAGAAAAAGGGAAAGAGAAACGUUCGUUUUCCCGAAGAAGUAUGUAGUGUUAUAGGUUACGGUGGAGACGACUGGUCGGACGACGAAGAAUUUGAAGUUUCAGAAGAUAAUGGCGAGGAUGACACAUUCCCAGACACAGAAGAAGAGAGAGAACUACAUCGAAUAACGAAAUCUAACACAGAUUUUAACACAGUCAAAGCUAAUUUAUUGGGCGAUUCAAUUGCAAAGUCCUAUACUUCUCUACUAUUGGGAAAAGUUCAGACAGAUUCCGAUGGUAAAAAGAAAACGUUAAUGGUGUCCGUGACACCUUUCGGUUCAGAUAACAAAAGUCCAGCUGUAAAAACACACACGAGAAAACCUGCCCUAAUAAAUUUAGCUGAGCAAACCAAUGAAACGGCUAAUGGAUACAAAACUAACAUAAUCCUUUCAACAUAUAUCAAAGAAUCAGAAACUAUAAUAACAUCAGAGGGGUCAAAACAAUCAGAUGGCAUAUUAUGUACUGAAAAAUCGUUACUCGAAGAAAUAUCAGAGACGUUACAACAAAACAGAAUAGGGGGAGGUGAUUUUAAUUUCGCUCAGACUGAUUGUAAUAAACCUUCUAUAGUAGAAAGUAAAGUGAAACAAAGUAUGCAGGAUGAGUUUGACAAAAAAGAGAUGACGGAAACGAAAAAGAACACGAUUGUACGUAAAUCUCCUUUGAUAAAAACUCAAGAGAGACCUAAAGUUAACCUGAGUCGAUCAGAAUUUAAGUUUUGUAAAAUAAAUAUUGAAAAUAGCAGCGUCGAUUCUGCUGUUGAUACGUUAAACUCUACAGCUAAUAACUCUCUUAACUCAGACGACGAAAGUUUCAGUGGGCGGACUGAUUCCGAUAAUGAUGACAGUGGUCAUUUUUCUGAAUUUAAUAAAAUCGAGGAAACAGUAAAAAUUAAAGUGUUUAAUGAGGACAAAAAUAUCAAAAUGUCUCCUAUUGGACAAACGAGGAAAGUUGAGGGAAAAUCUAGCAAUGGUUACUCCACAUUCCAAACUCCUAUUAUGGACAUGCCUCCUAUAAUUCCGAAGGAGCCAGAAACUAUAUUCUCGGCAGAAGCAAGUCGGGAAUUAGCAGGAGAACCUGACGGUAGAGCAGAUCCAGAUGAUAUGAGUGAAGCACCUGCAUUACCUAGCAGUCCAGUGCCAACUAUGGACCCUAGACCAUCAUUCUUGCACGGCAUGAUAACUGACAUAAUGCAAGGAAAACCGGUCCCACCAGAAAAACCUAAGUUACCUGUCAAACCUCUUAUGAAACAAUCUAAAAAGAGCGUUACAACACAACAACAGGUUAUUAUGCACGUUCAGGCUAUAAAAAGGGAGGACGAAGAAAAUUCUAUGAGUAGGUUUACAAACGAUCACGAUAAUAGCGAAAUUGCUGACAAUAAGUCGGAUUCGGUUUAUUACGCGAAACCUGUUCUUACCAAACAAGAUAGCGACACGUCUUUAAGUAGUUUAUGCAAGCGUAAAGCACCAACUCCUCCAUUAUCGCCAACUGAAGAAUACUCCAGCAACAUUUAUCAAAGAAAUCCAAACGGCUUUAUGAAAUCUGACUCGCCAGUUGUAAGAGAAAUGGAGAAACGUGAAAGAGCUGUUAUGUCUUCUUUGCCAAGGGUAAAGACCACAGAUGACGAAGCCAAAACAUCAGAACAUUUUCCCGAACCCGCUCCGAGAAGAAACAUAUCACUAUCACACGACAACCUCCUAUUAGACGAAAAGCGGAAAGGGAAACUAAAAUUUUCAAUCAAAAAAUUACUUCGUAUUGGCUCUUCGAAAGAUUUAGACAAAAAAGAGUUGAAUGUGGCAGCUGUCGCUAAAGUCGCGAGCAAACCGGAGGAAAUAUACGAUUUGACGCCCAAACCGAAACCACGACUCGUCAUCAUACAUCCGUUGGACAUUAACGGAUCAAACGUGGAAGUCGUGAAAACGAAUUGCGAUGUAUCUGAUCUGCGUCGUUUGAGCCACGAUGAUGUGUCUAUAUACAGUGGAAGCAGUUCGACAGAUGACACGCAACAGAGAGUCGUCAACAAACCUCCUCCGCCUCCAAGAACAUCAAGUGAAGAUUAUAAAACUUCUUCGAAUUUCCCAAAACCAGCGAGGCCACCGCCACCGAAAUCCAUCGCUUUACAAAAGAAACAAAAACAACAAAUUUGGACGCCUGUCCCAAAACAAGAUGACAACAUUUACGCUAAUUUAGGUGAGAUAAGAUCAGCGCUUGCACCGCGGAAACCAGAACGUACAGCUAGUAUGAGAGAACGUGAAUCACAUUUGGAGCUCAUAAAGAGGAGAAACGAAAUCGAUGAUGAGAAAGAUGAUGAUGAACACCAGGAACUAGUGCAGGCGACGAAUGAUACAGUUAUACAUAAUUACGAUGAUGUUUACAACAACGCCAAAUACGACGAAGAAACUUGCGAGUCAGCCAAAAAUAGUGACAGCGAUUACGAGUACGUCCACCACGCUAGAUCCAGCUCGCCAGAAUGCGAUUCCAACAUCAAACACGAAGCCGAUAGAUCUGAGAGAAAGACUGAAUCGAACGUCGAAUUCACAAAGUAUUCCAACGGUUUUAGAACAUCUCUACCUUACUGUGGCAGCGAAACUGAAUCGGAAAUAUAUUCUCCCUACAGCUUCUAUAGCUCGAACGACAAUAUGGACAGCCCUUCAAAUGACGAUUACCAAAACGACAUGACACCUAAAAACACAACGAACAAACUGCGUGUCAGAAAAGGAAGAAGUGUGGUUCACAAAAAUCUUGAAGAUAAUUACGGGGCGGUCGUCAUCGCUAACCACGAAGCGUUAGCCCAGGUUUUAGAACAGGUCCAACAGAGCGUUACUAUGCAGCCUUCUCUGCGUGGUUUGAAGACGUCAACAAACCUUCGCUUUAAAGACUUCUCCAUACAGAACAAAAGUUUCAGUAAAGCCGGCAAGCGAUUCUUCUAUCCGGCGUUGUGGAACUCCAAUCAGGGGCCAGUCAACGUGACUCUGAUGCUGUCCAAGGAACAAAUGGCCUCGCAGAUAAUCUGUCAGUCCGUACAUCCCCAGUUGAGCCUGAACGCGAUCACUGAAUUUAGUGAUUUAGUACCUCUUCAACAGUUUGGGGAAAAUGGUGAAGAUUUAGUGCAAGCAACAAUCGUAGUAUUAGGUCCUGCUAAUAUAAACACCAUACAGUCCUACGAAGACCAACUGCUAGCAACCGAAGAAAGUGCACAGGACAAUCAGAUACAAUCAGAUCAAACUCACGAAGCGAUAUUCUUGAUGCUGCAAAUCAUAAACGGCUUAAAAUGUCUCCAAGCCAGAGGAAUCGAGGAAAUACCAGAAUCUUUGACGUCCUUUGUCAUAAUGAAGGAGGUUCAGAUUGGAACCACGACCACUGAGGAUAGGUUGAGUUCGUUGUCGGCGCCUAAAACCAAUUGUUAUGGAAGAUUAUGUAUAUUACAAGGUUUAACUGACGACAUGAACAGCAAAUCUACCGAAGAGGAUCUGACAUCGCUUUGCAAAUGCGCGAUUAGAGCUACAGAGAUAUUGUUACCGAGAGAGAAACUGACGCCAUUGCUGAAGGAAAUAUUGCAGGAGGAACGCGCCGUGACCUUGAACCAGGCGAAAUCCGUGCUAGAAUUCAUGUUAUGGGGCCCACUGGACGUGGUGCAAGGGGUCCCCGUCGAUGAGAGAGAAUUAUCAUUACAAAGAUGGUUGGACUUAGAGCGAGCUACGGUCCUUCACGGCCUCGUACGAACGAGGGUCCAGUUAAAUGUUUUCGAACAGCUGCACCUAACUUUCUUAGUAAGAUCUACGGCCAAGGCCAUGUGUGAUGCUUCAGUGCUAUUAGAAAAGGCGAACGUAUAUUGAGUGUGACAUAUAACGCUAUAUUAUAGAUAAAGACGAAGACAUUUUAUGAUUUUUUUAUCUGUAUUAUACCCUCGAAUAUUUUUAACAUUUUUAAUCUGUGUUAUUCACGUAAACCAUACGUACAUUCUGACUAAUGCAAAAUCACAAGCGCAUUAGUUAAAUAAUAAUUUUAAUAUAUUAAUAUUUUGAUAUUAUAUAGGCACCGCUAAUAAUAAAACGAACUACGUAAUAUUCAACUAAAAUGUUUGGAAACUAUUAUUAUUUUUUUAUUAUUAUUAUUUACAAUCAAAAUUUUCUUGCCGCUGAGCUGAUCGUUUCCUGUGUGACUGUUAAAGUGUGUAUAUUUACACUGCCAGCGGGUGCCUCGUGUAUAAUACACUAACAAAUGUACAUUAACACUGUAAUUUAUAUUAUAUAUAAUUAGUUAUUAAGCUCUAAUCUACAGUUCAAACGAGUCUGUUUAUAAGAAUACCAUUCAUUGUAUAUGAAUAAACAAAUUACUUAUGAAA